CAGAAAGUCGCGCGAACGCCGGUAACGGAUAUUCUCGCAAAAACGCAACGUUUUCGCGUCUCCGUUGACGUCGGCGUUGUGUCGUCGCCGCAACAACACCAACAGCAACAUAAAAUAAAAAAGUAGUCCCUUUUAUUAAAAUCUAAAAAAAAAAAUAAAAAAAAAACAACGAAAACGAAAACCAGCCAACUAAAACACCAACAAAAAAACACAACCACACACAACUCUCACCUAAAAGACUGCAAUCUGCCUUAACCCGAGGAGUCAGAGAACUUGGAAAAUAUAGAGAUAUACAGGGAAGGACAACGAGCGGAGAGAGAGAGAGAGAGAGAGAGAGAGAGAGAGAGUGAAAGGGGUAGGAAAGUCGGCAGAGUGAUACCAGCACGAUCCGGAUCUAAAUCGAAAACAGUAAUUGAAUCGUACAAUCGUACACAAUCAAAGAUCAGCAUAUCGCAAUCGGGAUCACAAUGAGUUCGUUUCUCGAGCUGCUGGGACUUUUCCUGCUGCUGAUGCUGCCUUUUCUCUACGAGACCAAUCACAUAUUCCGAUACUACUUUAAAUUUAUGAUGUACUACGGCAUCGUAUCCUUCAACUCGAUCGUUCUCAUCCCGGCCUUUCUAACGCGACCCUGUGAUGUCCGCAAUCUACUGUGGGCGAGCACCUGGUGUCACCGCGUUUCGACAUUAAUCGGACUGCGCUGGGAGCUGCGUGGCAAAGAGCAUUUGGCCAAGGAUCAGGCCUGCAUAAUUGUGGCCAACCACCAGAGUUCGCUGGAUGUACUGGGCAUGUUCGACAUCUGGCAUGUGAUGAACAAGUGCACGGUGGUGGCCAAACGGGAACUGUUCUACGCCUGGCCCUUUGGCUUGGCCGCCUGGCUGGCCGGUCUGAUCUUCAUCGAUCGAGUGCGCGGCGAGAAGGCGCGCGAAACGCUGAACGAUGUGAACCGGCGGAUCAAGAAGCAACGCAUCAAACUGUGGGUUUUCCCGGAGGGAACGCGUCGCAACACGGGCGAACUGCAUCCGUUCAAGAAGGGCGCCUUUCACAUGGCCAUCGACCAGCAGAUACCCAUCUUGCCGGUGGUCUUCUCCUCGUACUGUACAUUCCUCGACGACAAGAAGAAGAUCCUGAAUGCGGGUCGAAUUGUGAUCACCACCCUGCCACCGGUAAGCACCGAAGGUCUCACAAAGGACGACAUCGAUGUGCUGAUGGACCGGGUACGCUCCCAGAUGAGUGAAACCUUUAAGCAAACGUCCGCGGAGGCGCUGCAACGGUACAAGCCGGUGCUGAAGGGAGGCAUUACUGUUUCGGUAGCCUCCUCUGCCUCCACAUCGAACUCAUCUGGUCCGGAUGCCGCGGUGGCCGCCGCCGCUGCUGUGGCCAGCAGCAAUUCCGCUUACGGCCAGCCGACGGCUUCCGGAGCCGGUGCCGCCGCCAAGGCCAGUUUGCUCAAGACACUGUAGGCAAUGUAGUAAUUAAACACACACCACACACUCAUAUCCCAAAAAACAAAAAAAAAAAAAAAAAAAAAAAAAAAAAAAAAAAAAGAACAAACCUUAUUGGGCGCCAUUAAGUUAACAAGUCAGUGGCAGUGGCAGCCUUGUAAUAUAUGCAACCGCUGCACCGUAUACAACCCGAUUUAUAGGCCUAUUUGGGAUUUCAAUAUAAAAUCUAUAGUUUUGGCAAUUUUCUUGCACCUACAGUAUUUUAUGUUGUUUUAGCUAAUGAAGUUCAAAUUUAGUCAAUUUUUUUUUUUUUUAAGUCUUAUGUUUAUUUCUAAAUUGUAAAUUAAUACCUACAUUUUUAGCAAUCAGUAAGCUAUUUUUUUUACUUUACAUGUGGUAUUAUAAUUGUUGAUCAAUAUGUUUAAAAUUUUCAUUUAAAGUUUAAGUGAUUCAGAUAGAAAAAGUUUAUUUAAAUCUGGAAAAGUAAAACCUGAAAAAUGUCUUGCUUACUUUUUUUAUAGAUCCCCACUGAAAGUAGAUAAAACAUAGCUUUCUAAACCAUUUUUGUUUUUACAACAGUAGUUAUCUAUGACCAUUUAACUUCAUCUAACGGUAAGAUAUUUAAAGCCCAAAUAGGCCUAUUAUUAAAAAGUUCUUUACAUUUCAGUAAUUUAACACACUCUUUUCAGCUUUAUUCAGCUUGCUUUAUCGAAACACUUUGCAAUUUAACAUUAAUAACUCAUUUCUGCCUGUAAUUGAGCAUCAUUUUGUAGAUUUCAGCACUUGAAUAACAGUUUGUUUUUCAUCUAAGUAAUUAAGAAAAGUGUAUUUUAACAGCUAACGUCAUAUCUUUGGCUUGAAUCAAGAAGCAACUGACAUCCAAAUAGUUUGACUAAUUCAGGCACCAAAAUGAGUAUUACGAACAGCAACAAUCAAAUUGCGACCCUCGACUGUCAAACUUUAACGUCUUCUUAGGCAACACAUACCAAAAACACUGAACAAAUACAAAAAAAAAAAAAACCAAAAAAACUAUAAAACUAACUAACCUACACUUUGCAACAGGACUCGAAGUGAUUUGAUUAUACCAAAUGAUAUAAAAUCUGAAUUGGUCUCUACAAAGUAUAGCUGCAAGUGUAAUAAAUCUUUGGUAUAAUUCUAUUAGUUUAGAGCAUUAGAUCCCUUUCGAUCUGUCCUUCCUGUUGCCGCGUGUAAUUGUUAGAUAAUUAAACCAAAUACCUAAUUAUACAAAAUAAAAAAAAUAAUAUUAUCUAAACAUAAACUGUGGAUGACAAACAUUGCAAAAUGACAUUACAUGUGGAGGCCGAAAUCUGGUUGUUUUUUACAAUCGACCAACUUGCAUGCAGUUUACCGCGUUAUUUUAAAACCAUACGUAUUUUAUUUACUAGACAUUCCCUAACUAGGUUAGGGCACCCAUUUAAAGCAAAUCCUUUCCUCUUGGAAUUAAAUCAAGUUCGGAUUCGAUUUGUUUACUUUGUAUUUUGUAACACCUCAUGGCAUCUAAGGAAUUUAAGGGAUCUUAAAACUAACACCUAUUUAUGUAUUGUAUUCAAACAUAUUGUGAAUUGUAUACCAUCUGUUUGGUAAAGUGUUAACUUAACUUUGUAAAUACGAUGCGGUUUAAUUUAAAGACAAAUCAAAAGCGAUAAGAGGACGAAAACGAAGGAAACUACUAAAUACAAGUAUAAUAAAUAUUUUUUUUCAAAUAUA